AAGGCCACCGACGUGUCCCUUGGCGCUAAUCUGAUCAAUCAUUUCAUCCUCUUUCUUUGGAUCUAAAUUUCUUUCCUCAUUUUCCUUAUUUGACUCUCUUCUUCUUCUUACUUCAGUUCCUUCCGCUCCAAUUGCUCUUCCGAUCUCUCUCAGUUAUGGCAUCUUCUGAUAAACCUGAGAUCGUGGAAAGGGGUGAUAAAAACAAAGACCACAAGGAAGAUGAAGGUGAAGGGAAGGGUGGAUUCCUUGAUAAAGUGAAAGAUUUCAUUCACGACAUCGGCGAAAAGAUUGAAGAAACGAUCGGUUUCGGGAAGCCGACGGCCGAUGUCAGUGGGAUUCAUAUUCCAUCGAUCAGUCUAGAGAAAGCUGAGAUUGUUGUUGAUGUUCUGAUUAAAAACCCUAAUCCUGUUCCUAUUCCCCUAGUGGACAUUGACUAUUUGAUAGAGAGUGAUGGCAGGAAACUGAUCUCUGGGCUGAUUCCUGAUGCUGGAACAAUUCAUGCUCAUGGAGAGGAGACUGUCAAAAUUCCUGUGAAGUUGGUUUAUGAUGAUAUAAGGAACACAUAUAAUGACAUUAAACCUGGCAGUAUCAUUCCAUACAGGAUCAAGGUUGAUCUGAUUGUGGAUGUGCCAGUUUUUGGGAGGCUGACGUUGCCACUUGAGAAAACUGGAGAGAUCCCUAUUCCUUACAAGCCCGAUGUCGAUAUUGAGAAGAUACAAUUCCAGAGAUUUUCAUUUGAAGAAACUGUUGCCAUUCUCCAUUUGAAAUUGGAAAAUAAGAAUGACUUUGAGUUGGGAUUGAAGGACCUAGACUGUGAAGUCUGGCUCUCUGAUGUUAGUAUUGGGCGCACUGAUCUCUCCGAAUUUACACCCAUUGAUAAAAAUGGGAUCAGUCAUGUCGACUUACCCAUCACCUUCAGGCCAAAGGACUUCGGUUCGGCACUUUGGGAUAUGAUUAGGGGAAGAGGAACUGGCUACACUAUAAAAGGGAAUAUUCAUGUCGACACACCUUUCGGUCAGAUGAAGUUGCCCAUUGUUAAAGAGGGUGGUACUACUCGCCUCAAGAAGAAUAAGGAAGAUGGCGGCGACGACGACGACGAGGAGUAAACAAAAGGGCAUCAUCUGGAGGAAUAAUGUGUGGUUUUUUUUUUCUUUCUUAUAAAAAGGAUGUAUGAUGCUGUUCCAUAGAUAUCUUAAGGGAUUGUUUGGCUGAACCUUUUGUUACUUGAUUCUCAUGGUCACUGCGUAAGAGACUCUUCCUUUUGUUUUUAACUACUUAGUUUUGGCACCGACUUUGGAUGGGGAAUUUGAUAUUUUUGGAAGAGACUGUUGAAAUAUAGCCAAUAUAUUAGCAUUGCAUUAA